AUGAUCUUUCGACGAUUGAAUCGCAACUCUGCCCCUCAGGCCAGCAUCGAGUCCGGUCAAUACAAUCUACACUACAUGAUUCAAGACGAAAUUUGCUUUUUGUGCAUUGCCGACAAAUCGUAUCCUCGCAAACUCGCUUUUACCUAUCUUGCUGAUCUGUCCUCUGAAUUCACAACUACCUACCAACCUUCACAAUAUCUUUCGCCCACCCUCCGCCCAUACGCCUUUGUGGAAUUCGAUACUUUCAUUCAGCGCACCAAAAAAUUGUACCAAGACAGUCGUGCCUCGCAGAACCUCGAUAAGCUGAACGACGAGCUCCGUGAUGUCACAAAGGUUAUGACCAAGAAUAUUGAGGACCUCUUAUAUCGUGGUGAUAGCUUGGAGCGCAUGGGCGAGCUGUCUGGACGACUCCGCGAAGACAGCAAGAAGUACCGGAAGGCAGCAGUACGCAUCAAUUGGGAGCUGUUGCUGAAACAAUACGGGCCCUUUGCUGGCGUCGGGUUGAUCAUCUUCGUAUUCCUCUUCUGGCGAUUCCUCUAA